CUCAGGGCUGUUGAUGGCACUGGACAUUCCCCAGGAGCGAGGGCUCAGCUCCCUGGACCGCAAAUACCUGGAUGGGCUAGAGGUGUGCCGCUUCCCCUUGCUGGAUACCCUGCAACCGUUGCCACUUGACUGGAUCCCAGAGAAUCUGGGUCUGUUGUAACCUCAUUGACCUCUCAUUUCUCUUCUAUAAAUCUCAGGAGCGCUGGGCGUGAUGCUGGGCCUGUGCUACCGGCUAAGCUGUGUGUUGUUCCUGCUGCCAUAUUGGUCUGUGGAUGGUCUGCUGAGUGCCACCAGGAGGAAUGCCCAGGUGCCCCUGUGGAACUAUGCAGUGCUGCGUGGCCAGAUCUUCAUUGUGUACUUUAUUGCUGGGGUGAAAAAGCUGGAUGCAGACUGGGUGGGAGGUUACUCCAUGGAUUACCUGUCCCAGCACUGGCUCUUCAGUCCGUUCAAACUGGUGCUGUCGGAGGAGAUGACCAGCCUGCUGGUGGUGCACUGGUGUGGGCUGCUGCUUGACCUUUCUGCGGGCUUCCUGCUCUUCUUUGAUGCCUCAAGACCCAUUGGCCUUUUCUUUGUAUCCUACUUCCACUGCAUGAAUUCCCAGCUUUUCCACAUUGGUAUGUUUUCCUAUGUCAUGCUGGCCAGCAGCCCUCUCUUCUGCUCCCCUGAGUGGCCUCGGAAGCUGGUAUCCCACUGUCCCAAAAGGCUGCAAGAGUUGCUGCCCCUCCGGGCUGCUCCUCAGCCCAGUGUUUCCUGUGUGUAUAAGAGGAGCCGGGCCAAAGGUGGCCAGAAGCUGAGGCUGCGCCAUCAACUGGGUGCUGCCUUCACCCUGCUCUACCUUCUGGAACAGCUUUUCUUGCCAUAUUCCCAUUUCCUCACCCAGGGCUAUAACAACUGGACCAAUGGGCUGUAUGGCUAUUCUUGGGACAUGAUGGUAUACUCCCGCUCCCACCAGCAUGUGAAGAUAACCUACCGUGAUGGCCGCACGGGCGAGCUCGGCUACCUUAAUCCUGGGGUGUUCACACAGAGCCGACGAUGGAAGGAUCACGCAGAUAUGUUGAAGCAAUAUGCCACUUGCCUGAGCCGCCUGCUUCCCAAGCUUUUUGACCCUCGUGUGGACAUUGUGCAGGCCGCCUGGUCCCCCUUCCAGCGCACAUCCUGGCUACAGCCACUCCUGAUGGACCUGUCUCCCUGGAGGACCAAAUUGCAGGAGAUCAAGGACAGUCUGGACAACCACACUGAGGUGGUCUUCAUUGCAGAUUUCCCUGGGCUGCAUCUGGAGAAUUUUGUGAGUGAAGACCUGGGCAACACUAGCAUCCAGUUGCUACAGGGAGAAGUGAUUGUGGAGCUGGUGGCUGAACAGAAGAACCACACUCUUCAGGAGGGAGAGAAAAUGCAGCUGCCUGCUGGUGAGUACCACAAGGUAUAUACAACGUCUCCCAGUCCUUCCUGCUACAUGUACAUCUAUGUUAACACUACAGAGCUUACACUGGAGCAAGACCUCGCACAUCUGCAGGAACUAAAGGAGAAGGUGGAGAAUGGAAGUGAAACAAGACCUCUACCGCCAGAGCUGCAACCUCUGCUGGAAGGUAUAGUCAAAGGAGGCCCAGAACCAACACCUCUGGUUCAGACUUUUCUUCGACGCCAGCAAAGGCUCCAGGAGAUUGAACGCCGGCGAAAUACCCCUUUCCAUGAGCGUGUUGUCCGCUUCUUGCUUCGAAAAUUCUAUGUCUUUCGCCGUAGCUUCUUCAUGACUUGUAUCUCACUUCGAAAUCUGGCCCUAGGACGCCCUUCCCUUGAGCAGCUAGCCCAAGAAGUGACUUAUGCAAACUUGCGGCCCUUUGAACCAGCUGAAGAAGUGUGUCAUCCAAACAUUGCUUCUUCAAAUCCUGAUCUGGAGUCAGCCCCUGACCUGGUUCACUCAGAGCUCUGA